UUUUAUUUUUUUGAACUGAUACCCGAUCAAAUGUUGAUAUAACCCUCCAAGGAUCAAUGCAUUGCUGACAAAAAAACAGAUCAAUACUCAAGUAACCUCCCAAAAUCUAUCAAAGUGAUGGCCAACGACGGAAGUGACAGUAACGUCACUAACCCUUUACUCCAACCGGAGCACAAUGACGUCGCGGUUCCGAUGCCAAUGACGCCAUCUGAAUUCAAAGACCGUUUAAUCUUCGGACCAUAUAAUCCCUCUUCCUUUGCCGACGUUCUCUCUGAAAACCUAUCACCGCCAUCCUCCCCUAUAACCAUAAACCCUAGAUCGACCCGUCGAAGAUUUGUCCGGUCUAAAUCAGCUCCUUCUGUGGCUGCAAUAGUCAACGACCAACCUCGACCCGAAUAUCACAAGAGAUCUUUAUCUGUUGCUCUGCUUAUUGUGUAUCUCGCAGUUAUGUCGGUUGCUACGGUUGUGUAUGGAAAACAGGCCUUAAAGACAUUACCGGAUUGGCUUCUUGCUUCGAUUUGGGUGUUUGUGUCUACUUUAGCUGUCGCUCUAGCGUUUCUCUAUUUGGCUGAAGCAAUAAGAGAUAAGAGGAGAAGAGAGUGGCAGAACAGAGUCCUUGCCCACAUGUCUAUCAGUGAUUUCUUUGCUGCAGAUAUCGAAAACACUGGCUACCUGAGUAUAUCGGAGUACGUUAUAUACAAACUGACGCAGAUUGGGGAAAUAUCCGUUGAAGACAUUAAACGGAUCAGUGAUCAGUUUGACAAGAUUGACCGAGCUAAUAGUGGAAAGAUUACUCUUGCAGAUAUUAUAGGAUCCAGCACCGACGAUUUAUCCACUGCGACUUCGGCGUAGGAACCCACAUUACGACAUGAUUUAAGAUGACGUGACUGCUGUUUCCGAUCUAACUGAGCCGGUUUGAAUUAUGAUUUGUCUUUGGUAUUUUUCUUAUAGCAGAAAGUAUUCUCGCGCCAAGCUGACUAUGAGAAAGGAGGAGUUUGCUGGAGGAUGAAGAAGUUUGACGUCUGUGUCUUUUAUGUGUGUAUUCAUUGAACGAGAUUUUCUGUUUGGUUUUGGAGUUAAUAUUUUUUUUCAAGAGUG